UUUCACAUUCGUCGGGUUCGGUCGUUCAAGUCUCCCAAGUCGGGCGCGCCCAGAACUUAAGCUCCGACAGAGAGCUUAGUCACACGUUGCAUUCCGUGAUUGUAUACAACAGAUUCCGCCCAGAAGUGUGCUUGCUGCUCGCAGAUCAUGGCACCAGUUUGCUGUGCAGAGACGUGACGGGACCCCGAGAACUUGGAAAGGGAACCGCGCCCCAUUCUCUUUCGAGCAAUGCUCUUGAAGGUCGAACCGAUUUGCCGCUUGACUGAGUUCGUUUCGUGUGUGUGCCGAUUCCCGUUCGGAAAUUGUGUGACUGCGUGGAAUUUAGUUACAAUUUCGAAUUUAAAACAGUGUAGCCCCGUAACCUACUAAUAAAACCAAGUGCGAGGAGCUUGAAAGCGCGCAAAUUCGCGCAAAACCAUGGAGCAACAACGAAAACAUGCCACACGAACCGCCGUUGUCCGGUGGGUUUUCGCCACAAUUUUCCUGUGUGUGCUGCUGCAGGCCAGCGCCGAGUACAUUCCACCAGGGCCCAAGUACAAAUGUCCAGAAAAAACGAAACAGAUCUACCCGUGCGUGUGCACCAAGGGAACGGACGAUGGAAUCUACGUGACGUGUGAAAAGUCCAACCUGGCCAGCCUGUCGGUGGCGUUCAUCAAUCUGGCCAGCCUCAACAUACCGGUGGAGGAGCUGCAAAUGAAGCGGUGCAAAAUAAAAAACCUCUUCGGCACUCUACUUCACAAGCUGAGCGUGAAGCGGCUGCUGGUGUUCGACACUCCGAUUGCCAGCGUGAGCGAUCACGUGUUUUACGGAAUCAACGACACGCUGCAGGAGCUGCAUCUGGUGCGCAGCGAGCUGACGGCGUUCCCGCGCGAUGCGCUCAAGAUUCUGGGCAUGCUGCGGGUGCUCAACAUCGACGGGCACCGGAUCGAGAACCUGCCCAAAGGGGUGUUUGGCGGGAUGACCUUCGACGGGACGCUGGAGAAGUUCCACUUGGUGAACGGGCUGCUAUCCGACAUGGGGCAGGAUAUUUUUAUGGCCUUCAAAAAGAUUCGCACGCUGGACCUUUCCGGCAAUCAGCUGGUCACCCUGAAGAAGGGUCAGUUCAAGGGGCUCCGCGAAACGGAAAUCCUCGAUCUCGCGUACAACAAUCUAACCAAACUGGACGCGUCCCACGUGUCCGACCUUACCAAAAUGACCUGGAUCAACGUGUCGCAUAACGCGCUAGCUGAAAUAACCAGAGGUACCUUUGCCCGUAACGCGGUGCUUCGAGUGCUCAACAUGGCGAGCAACAACAUUAAAAAGAUCGACGGAAAUACGUUCCGGGGGAUGAGGUUUUUGAGGCGGUUGUACCUGAACGAUAACAUGAUCAGUGAUGUGGGACGGGGAACGUUCAGUUCGGUGACGAGGAUUGGAACGAUCGACCUGGCAAGGAACCGGAUCAAGAAGGUCGACUACCAGAUGUUCUUCCAGCUGAACUAUGUAGAGAUUGUCAACCUGGCGGAAAACGAAAUCACAGAAAUCCAAAAGGAUGCCUUCAAAGAUCUCUACCUCACGCACAUAAACAUCUCCUACAACCGGCUGGAAACCAUCGAGCCCAAGUCAUUCAUCAACUGUGCCAACAUGACCGUUCUCGAUCUCUCGCACAAUCUGAUCAAAAGCAUUCCCAGAAUGGCAUUCGAUGAAACAACGUACGCCGGGGAGUGGAUUCUGUCGCACAAUCUGCUUACAAACAUGUCUCAGAUUCCUCUGUCCAACAUGACCGGACUGCGCGUGUUGAAUGCGUCCUACAAUAACAUCAUGGAGAUUCCAAAAAAUACCUUCCCGAAGCUCUACGAACUGCACACGAUCGACGUGUCUCACAACAACAUUUCCUUCAUCUACAACGCUGCGUUUCAGAAUUUAUUCUCACUCAGAAGUUUGAACUUGAGCUACAAUUCGCUGGAAAAGAUUGGUCCGUCUACCUUUGGAACGCUCCACACCCUGCUCGAGAUGGAUCUCAGUCAUAACGGGUUGAAGGAUAUCACUCGCGGAGCACUGGCAAAAACUACCGGGUUGAGGUUCCUCACAAUGACUCACAACAAAUUGGAGAAAAUCUUCCAGAUCCCAAUAUCGCUGAAUCAUUUAAACCUUGCACACAAUGAGAUCAGUGAAAUCCCGGAAAAGACUUGGCCCACCAUGAACUCACUGUUGACGUUGGAUCUGAGCUUCAACAAGAUUCGAAACAAUUUGCAACGAGGUAGUUUUGCGGGUUUGCUAACGAUGCAGCGUUUAAAUCUGGAAAAUAACGAAAUCUCAGAAAUACCACGUGACGGUAUAUCCGAUCUUGGCACCAUACAAUAUCUCCAACUGAAGAACAACAACAUAACGCAUCUCCCGAAGGCAGCCCUCGGCAACCUUCCCAUUCUGUUCGAACUCCAGAUCAUGAACAAUGGCCUUACCAACAUCAGCUCCCGAGCCUUCGAUGGUCUGCUCCAGCUGCUCACUCUCAACAUGUCCAACAACCUGCUCCGAUCCAUCCCGAACGACGCCUUCCUCGGGCUGGUCUCCCUUCGCCAGCUGGACGUGUCCCGAAAUCUCCUGAGCAGCUUGGACAACAAAACCAACGGUCUGCUCGACGACUGUCUCAGCUUGGACGAAAUCGACCUCAGUUACAACCGGUUCAGCUUCAUCACCAAGAAAACGUUCCCCUCGAAUCAGUGGAUCCCGUACCGGCUCCGGAAGAUCAACCUCAGCCACAACAGCAUGGCGAUCGUGACGCACGACCUCAAGUUUGGCACGAAAACGGUGACCGAUCUGGAUUUGUCCCACAACAACAUCAAGGACAUCCGGAAGGGUGUACUCGGGAAUCUGACCUCGCUGAUGCGGUUGGACAUGUCGCACAACGAGCUGGUCAAGCUGGAGAGUGAUGUGUUUAACAUGCAGGAGAAUUUCUCCGAGUUGAUUCUGCACAACAAUCGGAUAUGGAACGCUUCGUACGAGAGUUUGGUGAAGUUGAGCAACUUUACGCUGCUGGAUUUGCGGGGAAACGAGAUUGGCAAGUUCGACACUGGACUGGUGACGAAAAUGCGCGCUUCGAAUUUGAGUGUGCUGUUUGAGGGCAAUCCCUUAAACUGCGACUGCUACACCCGCCCACUGUACAACUACCUGCGCACGCAGUCCGCCCUUCCGGAGCAGUACGAGAACAUCCGCUGCGCGGAACCGGCCGUCAGCUCCGGCAUGCCACUGUACAACGUGUCGGACGAGCUGCUGACGUGCGUGCCGGCACCCCAGCAGGAAAUCUACCAACUACUUCCGGACAUUCGCUUCCGGGAGGUCACCUACUUCCGCGGUCAGCUGAACGCGCACUGGUUCGUCAGUUCCACCAAGGACGUGGCCGACUUUUACGUGUACAUCCGGGACCAGCGGAACAACAUCAUCUUUGAGCGGGUCGUGUCGUACGCCAGCCGGGCGACCGCCAUCAAGGGGGUGGAUAUUGUGGCGGACGAGACGGCCCAGCUGGAGCUGUGCGUGCUGGCCAAAUCCAGCGGUGACGAGGUCAACUUCCUCGAGUCGCAGUGCAUUCCCCUGCCGGAGGAUCUGGACGCGGUCAAGCGGAAGUACAACGAAAACUACAACUACAAGCUGCCGCUGAGUUUGACGGGAGGCCGCAACGGUCGUUCCAGUAGCUGUGAUAAAAACGCUGUAAAUAGUUUAGUAAUGAUGGUAGUGAGUGUGGCCGUUGGCGCCCUCGUGGCCAACACCGCCGGCAGCAGCUUCUGUUAAUAUGUAACGUUUAAUUUUAUACCACCUUUUUGUAUCGCGACAGAAAUUAAAUAUUUAUUUGUAAAACAAA